AUGUCUAUACCAACUAAAGUCAAAGAACAUACCAGACUCUUGGACUUGUCUAGUGACGAAGAAUCUGAAGACUUGCAGUUAGAAAUAAUACCAAAUAGAAAAAGGAAAAUUACUAGAAAGGAACGUAAUAGGCACAAUGCACCUAAAGUGACAGAACCCAGUAUAGCUGCUGAAGUACAAUGUGCCUUGUGUUGGGCUGUUCGUGGUACUCUCUUACUAUGGCUAUUAAUGUUAACAUGGAUUUGUGCUGCUCUGUACGAUCAAGUUACUACAAUGAAAGUAGAUAUUGCCAAAGGU